GAUAAGUUAGAAGAAGGUACUGCAUUUCUCUCGCCAGUCACUGACGAUGAAGAUACUAUGCCAGAAGAUGACCCAGCUGAAGUUGUGGCCUGUAAAACUAAAAAGAGUAGAAAAAGAAUUAGAGCAAAAGUAUCUUCUAGCUCAUGUAAAAAGAAUAACCAGACUAAUCCCGAUAAAAGCCAAACUGAUCCGAAAGAAUGGACCUCAACCACAUCUAAUCCGCAACAAACUACACCUUCUAACGAUGAUAAUAAUGAUAAUGCUGAUAACAAUGAUAAUGAUGAUAACAAUGAUAAACAAGAAUCUUAA